AAUGAAGCGCGCGGACUGCGAGGCUCCGGCCGCGGGCUGCCUGUCUCAGGGCCGGCCCCGCCCCCCGCCGCCACUUCCGGCGAGACUGCGAGCGCGGAGGAGCGCGGAGGGGCGCGGGCGGGCGGCCGCUGGGGGGCGGCGCAGGCUGGGUGCGGCCCGCCGCUGCUGCUGCUGCUGCUGCUGCUGCGCUCGGCUCUGCGGCCCGGAGGGCCGUCCGUCCCGCCGGCACUAUGGGUAACUGCCACACCGUGGGGCCCAACGAGGCGCUGGUGGUUUCAGGGGGCUGUUGCGGUUCUGACUAUAAACAGUAUGUGUUUGGUGGCUGGGCCUGGGCCUGGUGGUGUAUCUCCGACACUCAGAGACUGUCUCUGGAGGUUAUGACCAUCCUGUGUCGCUGUGAGAAUAUUGAGACGUCGGAGGGGGUCCCGCUAUUCGUAACAGGGGUUGCACAGGUGAAGAUCAUGACAGAGAAGGAGCUCUUGGCUGUAGCCUGUGAGCAGUUCCUAGGCAAGAAUGUGCAGGACAUCAAAAACGUCGUCCUCCAGACGCUGGAGGGGCACCUACGCUCCAUCCUUGGGACCCUGACUGUGGAGCAGAUUUAUCAGGACCGGGACCAGUUCGCCAAGCUGGUGAGGGAGGUGGCAGCCCCUGAUGUUGGCCGAAUGGGCAUUGAGAUCCUCAGCUUCACCAUCAAGGAUGUGUAUGACAAGGUGGACUAUCUGAGCUCUCUGGGCAAGACGCAGACGGCCGUGGUGCAGAGAGAUGCUGACAUCGGUGUGGCUGAGGCCGAGCGGGAUGCAGGCAUCCGGGAAGCUGAGUGCAAGAAAGAGAUGCUGGAUGUGAAGUUCAUGGCAGACACUAAGAUCGCUGAUUCCAAGCGAGCCUUUGAGUUGCAAAAGUCAGCCUUCAGCGAGGAAGUCAAUAUCAAGACAGCUGAGGCCCAGCUGGCCUAUGAGCUGCAAGGGGCCCGUGAGCAGCAGAAGAUCCGGCAGGAAGAAAUUGAGAUUGAAGUUGUGCAGCGUAAGAAGCAGAUUGCAGUGGAGGCUCAGGAGAUCCUGCGCACAGACAAGGAGCUCAUCGCCACAGUGCGCCGCCCCGCUGAGGCCGAGGCCCACCGCAUACAGCAGAUCGCCGAGGGGGAGAAGGUGAAGCAAGUCCUCCUGGCACAAGCAGAAGCUGAGAAGAUCCGCAGAAUUGGAGAGGCAGAGGCAGCGGUCAUCGAGGCCAGGGGCAAGGCGGAGGCUGAGCGGAUGAAGCUCAAGGCCGAGGCCUACCAGAAGUAUGGGGAUGCAGCCAAGAUGGCCUUGGUGCUGGAGGCCUUGCCCCAGAUUGCUGCCAAAAUCUCUGCCCCACUAUCCAAAGUCGAUGAGAUUGUGGUCCUCAGCGGGGACAACAGCAAGGUGACAUCCGAAGUGAACCGACUGCUAGCCGAACUGCCCGCCUCCGUGCAUGCCCUCACAGGCGUGGACCUGUCCAAGAUACCCCUGGUCAAGAAGGCCACUGGUGCACAGGUGUGAGACUCCAGAAGACCCACACCCUUCAGCAGCCGCCUGCCCCUCCCUCCAGCACCUGUUUCAAUGCCACAGGGACAACAGGAACGUUACUGACUCUGGUGCCUUAUUUGGUAGGGACCAGGAGUGCUGCGUGUUCAGGCCACCUCUGGCUGGCUGCUCUUCUCUCUCUGUCUCUCUCCUCUCCCUCACAUGCUCACUUUCACUGCCACAUUUGUCUGGUUUGUCUCUGCUCUCCUUUCCAGUGUUUCUUUGUCCUUUUCUCUCACUCCCCCUACCCCAUUCACUCAUCAUGUAUUUUAAGGUGAAAAUGUGUAUUAGUAUCAUUGUCUGUCUGUCUAUCUGUCUGUGAGGGGUGGCUCUGCUGCUCCUCGGAACCCUGGUGCCUUGAAGUUCUCUGUGCAUCUGUCUAUCCUCCCUGUGGCCCUGGCCAGAGCUCAGCAUGGGUGCUGGGAGUUUGGGUAAGACAACCACCCUCCCCUCUCCUGAUCUGGUCACCCCAGCUCUGAAGCCUACCUGAGGAAGCACCCAGUCACACCUCCUCCAGCCCCUCCAGGUCUCGGUGGCCGUGGCCUGCAGGCCCGGGGCCAUUGUCCUUCACCUCACCCCUGUCCUGCCCCAGGCCUGUGCUCAUACCUUACCUCUCUCCCCUAUCCCAGGGGCACAGAGUCAAGGCUUCCUGUCCACAGCAAGUUUACUACUCAGUUUACUACUGCCUUAGGAAGCCCCUGUGUGUGCUCGGGGAGCCCCCUUCAUCGUCAUAUCCCUUCUAAGUGGAGUAGGGUUUGAUCCCAACUCUACCAGGCCUUUCUGGAAUCAGGGUCUAGUAGUCUAUUCCCUGCUGGGAACAAGAAAGUGUGUAGACCCUCAUCCUGUUAAGGCUGGAGGACCUGAGUAUCAGGCCUUUCCAGUGAGCAAGGUUGUGCCAACCCUAUAUGGGAUAUAGUGCUAUAGGCUGGCCAGUCCCCUGUACUGUCUGUCUUCCUGGCCAGAGCAAUAGGGUUCCAGCCAUGGGGAAGCAGGCCAAUCCUCAGUCCUCUGCCUCCCAACUCAGGUGGAGGCAAAAGAGCCUGAGACCGACCCAGGCAGCUUGGCAGCCGUACUGCAGAUGAGCUGUGGUCUCAGCCCCCAGCCCUGGCCUUGCCCCAGCCUCUGUAGCUGUUCCUGCAUGUGGAUGCUGCAUGUCUGGUCUGGGGUUUGGAUGUUGCACUGCCCCACUGCCUGACCCUUCUAGUGAAAUAAAGAUCUGUUAUGCC